AUGAAAUGUUUCUUUUUUCUAGCAGCCUUUGCUGCGAGCGCUAAUGGCCUUGCUCUCUUUGGAAGGGCUGAACAGGCCUGCUGCUUCCAUCUCAACGUCACCGGAGAAGUUACUGGCCCCCUUGGCCAACUGACCGAUGGCCAGAGUCGGGUUGGCGACCACAGCCUCAAUCAAUCUACGUUCUGUAUCAACUCUACCGGUGUCAUUACCGACAGCACCGGCAAGGGUUGUAUCAUUACCCCGGAGACUACUCAGUUCCAGUGUGAUGAGGGUAAAGCUGGUACUCCGGGCUUCUCCAUCUCGUCAUCUGGUCAAUUGCAAUUCCAUGGCAGCGACUACUUCAUUGCCUGUGAGACUGGCCAAAACGGUGGCAAGAACAUCUAUACCACCAACAGCACUUCCGUCACUCGUUGCAAGGCCGUCUAUCUAAAUGCGGACUCUUGCAUUAAUGCGGGCAGUGUUCCUGUCGUUAGCAUUCCCCCGGCUCCUGGUUCCAAUGUGACUGGUCCUGGAGGUGCUGCCGCAUCUGGGGUACCUGGAGCACCUGGAGCACCUGGAGCCUCGGCCGCAGUUUGUCCUCCCGUCACCAUCAUCUCCACGGUUACGGUAUCCAACUGUGUAUGCUCUGCUACGGCCGCACCUGGUGCUCCUGGUGCUCCGGCAGCACCAGGUCAAGCUUCCAGUGCCUCGAGCCCUGCAGCCUCCGGUGCUAGCUCGCAAACAUCUGCUGCUCCCGCUGGUAGCGCUACUGCAGCGGUACCAAUUGCCUCGGCUCCUGGUCACUCUUCUGUUUCUUCAGCAAGUACUACGGCUCCCACUGGCGGUGCUGCAUCGGCAUCCAGUGCUACUGCUAGUGCCACGGCCAGUGCUCAUACCUCUGUUGUUCCCGUCGUUCCGGUGCCUGGACAGUCCUCUGCUACUUCUGCGAGCACUGCGUCUGCCUCCGAGACCUCUCAUGCCAGCGGGGCUACUAGCACCCAUCCUUCGACUCCGUGCCCCUCGUGUAGCAAGUCGGCUUCUGCCAGCGGGGGAUCAGCCACGAGCUCUCCAAGCCCUUGUCCCUCAUGUAGCCACUCGGCUACUUCAGGUACUACGGGAGCCUCGACUCCGUGUCCCUCAUGUCAGUCAGCUGGUACCAGCACUGCUCAUGCCACGACCCCUUGUCCAUCGUGCCCUCAAUCUGCUGUCACGAGUAGCAGUCUCACAUUCAGUGUGACUUCUUUCGCCAACAGCACUCAUAUAUCGAGUGUCCCAGCCACAUCUCCGGCAACGACUCCUUCGACCAGUAUCCACCCCGUGAACUCGACUUCGACCAGUGCUACUUCCACCUCGACGUCGACCAGCUGCCCCACCAAUCUCUCUGGAGAGUUCCAAUUUCCGCAUCUCAUUGUUCGAAUCGAUUCUGCCAAGCCGGAUACCCCCCACGGUACUGGCUUGAACGGAACAGUCAACGCCACCGUUGCGACUACCUUCAACUUUGAUAUUCCUCAGUCGUACUCGGGCAAGACCUGUAGCUUGAUCUUCUUGUUCCCCAGGAAGGAAGAACUCCAGACUACUUCGUUUAGCUUCAGCGGUGACGGCAAGGUUGCCUUUGGCAAGCUUUCGCAAACCAUCACCAGUUCGACGACUGAAAACAACGUUCCUUCCGUGUCGCAGGGCUUGGGCACUAUUACCAUCUCCCCCGGCAAUUCAUUUUUGCUGUCCACCUUCUCGUGCCCGGCCGGACAGGCAGUGUCAUUCGAGAUGAAGAAUGCAGGAACUACCAACUUUGAGUUCUUCGAAGACUGGAACCCAUCUCCGUAUGUCCAACUCCUCAGGCCCCCCAAGGAGAAGUAUACCUCCGGAGUAUAUCGGCUAACAUGA